AUGAUCAUAUAUAUCUUAAAAUUUUGUAAAUUAUUUUUAUUUUAAUAAAUUAAUCAGGUCAAAUACUAAUCAAUGGACGAGGAGAAAAAAUAAUAUAGUAAGAUCAAUAAAGAGAUUAGGUAAGAGAUUAUUGAUAAAAUCUGCUUACAAAAAAAGCCUUUGUUAGAGGUAAAUCAAUCAUUUUGAAUAUUUAAAAAGGUUGCUUAAGAGUAUCAGUUAUUGGCAUCUACGUGUAAGUCAAUCGUUAAUACUUACAUGAAAGAAGGUAGAGUUGGUAAAAAAGAAUCCAGAAUUCGUAAAUUAAAAAAAGUAAUUACCACAUACCAUAUAAUUUUAAAUCCAUUAUAACCAAUACUCUCUUAAGUAUAAAUAUAAAAAAAUGUCGAAAAUUGUGUCGAGUAAUCAUAAAAAAGUAGACAUGAAACUGAAGAGGUUUAAGAUGAAAAUAAAUAAGAAAUUCAAUCUUUAGAUUUAUCAAUAUAAUAAUGGACUUAAUCUUUAUUAAACUAAAUCCAAGCUUUAAAUUAAUAGUACAAGGAUUCAUAAUUUAUUCGUUAAAAUUGA